CGGCGGCGCAGCAGCCUGAGAGAAGGAGCAUUAAGCUGGGAAGAGCCGAGGCCGCCGGAGCCGCAGCCGGAGCCCGAGCCCGAGGUGGAUAAAAAUCCUUCAGAUGGCAGAUACCAGUAAUUCAGAAGAUGUUCCUUCAGAUUCCUUUGAAACUGCUAAAGCUGACAAAGAAAAACUUACAGACCAGGUGAUGCAGAAUCCCCAAGUGCUGGCGGCUCUCCAGGAGCGGCUUGAGAAUGUGUCCCACACGCCGUCGAGCUACAUUGAAACUUUACCCAAAGCGGUCAAGAGACGCAUUGAUGCUUUGAAACAGCUGCAGGUGAAGUGCGCACACAUCGAGGCCAAGUUCUAUGAGGAAGUGCAUGAUUUGGAGCGAAAAUACGCGGCCCUUUACCAGCCUCUCUUUGAUAAGAGACGGGAUUUUGUCACUGGUGAUGUUGAACCUACAGAUGCAGAAUCAGAAUGGCCCAGCGAGAAUGAGGAGGAGGAGAAAUUGGCUGGAGAUCUGAAAAGCAAAGUGGUGAUAGCAGAGAAGGAAGCUCCCGCAGAAGAGCCAAAUCCCAAAGGGAUUCCAGAAUUCUGGUUUACGAUCUUUAGAAACGUGGAUAUGCUGAGUGAAUUAGUGCAGGAGUACGAUGAGCCGAUUUUGAAACACCUGCAGGAUAUCAAAGUCAAGUUCUCUGACCCCGGGCAGCCCAUGUCUUUCUCAUUAGAGUUCCACUUUGAGCCCAACGACUACUUCACCAAUUCUGUCCUGACUAAGACUUACAAGAUGAAAUCCGAGCCAGACACCACAGACCCUUUCUCCUUCGAAGGCCCAGAAAUAGUAGACUGUGAAGGGUGCACUAUCGAGUGGAAGAAGGGCAAAAAUGUCACUGUGAAAACAAUCAAGAAAAAGCAGAAACAUAAGGGCCGUGGCACCGUGAGGACAGUCACUAAACAAGUCCCCAAUGAUUCCUUUUUUAACUUCUUUAGCCCCAUCAAAGUAUCUGGGGAUGGAGAGUCGCUGGAUGAAGAUUCCGAAUUUACAUUAGCUUCAGACUUUGAAAUUGGACACUUCUUCCGUGAGAGGAUAGUUCCCCGUGCAGUCCUUUAUUUUACUGGAGAAGCCAUCGAGGAUGAUGAUAAUUUUGAAGAAGGCGAGGAAGGGGAAGAAGAGGAAUUAGAGGGUGAAGAAGAAGGAGAAGAAGAAGAUGAAGCGGAGAAUGAUCCCAAGGUGUAAUUUUUGUCUGUUUAUCAUUCAUAUCAUAGAGAGAAUGCGGCCAGCCUGCCGAGUGCAAGCAGCAGUGACGCGUGCGGAUGCGCGCCCCCUCGUGAGGCCGGGACACCUCGGGAUGCCCAACGAACGAACGCCUUGGGACCCCCGGCCCGCGGGCCGGGGGGUCACUGCUCGCUACAGCACAAUCUCACUAACAACGCUUUCGGUUAACUUGUUUUCAAGUGCGUGGUUUUCACUUACACUUUUUUCUUUUUUCCUUUGGCUUAAUUUGUACAGUGUAACUUUGAUGCAUUUCGCAGAUAGGAGGUUUCAGUCAAGCGCCCUCUGCCCGCCGGUGCCCGCCUGGCCAGCCAGGGAGGCGGGCAGGUGCCCACCCAGGUGCCAGAGCAUAUUUGUAACCCGGUUAAGACAAAAAGGGAGGACGCUCACACACGUGACCAAGACCCCCCGCCCUCGCCAGCCCCAACGGCCUCACAGCUGGGGGUCCUGGGCCCCGCUGGGGGGCCGCCACUCCAUCUUCCUAUUUAUUUCCUUAUGUUUGUAAGUACUUGGAACCCGGGCUCCCGCUCAUCCGGAAACCACGUUUGUGUGACCCAAGAUGUGGCCUCCAGACCGGGAGCCGGGCCGCAGGAGGCGCAGGAGGGCACCGAGCGGGGCCGAGGCGGGGGGCCUCCAGGCCAGGGGAUGCCCUCAGGGCACGGGCAGGUGUCGGGCUCCCCACCUUGUUUCAGGGCUCUGGGGUGGGUUGGUUCGUUCUGUCCUUUGGUGGGUGCGUAGGAUUCGAAUGCCCCUUCCCGUAGCCCGUCUGAUGCCAACCCCCAGCCACCAUUGACUAGCAGCUUAUCAACACUGUGAGCAGGCGUGUAGAGUGCUCGGCCUUACCUUCCACGAUCCACAUUUGUAACUUAAUAAUAGACGACGGUGUUUUCAAUUUGUACAGAAUAGUUAGGGUAUUCUAUUAAAGUUGUGAAACAUGA